ACCUCUGCCGCCAAUAACCAUCUCAAAAAUCGAAAAGUUCUUCCCUUACCGCCAACACAAAACGAGACUAGAUCCCAGCCGUCAACGUGCACUCCUUUCCCUUCCAUCAAUCACCAUCCCCUAUAAACCUCCUCCUCCUCCUCCUCUACCACUCGGCUCCCACCCCUUCAAAGCAGAACAAAAAAAAUGGCGGGCUCAGUGAAACAGAGCGUUAGCUCUAUGAACCCAUGGGUUCUUCAUCUCCAGAAGUUGGGUCUCGAGCUCAAAUGCCCUCUCUGCUUGGAAUUGUUGAAGCGACCCUUUUUGCUACCUUGUGAUCACAUUUUCUGCAAUUCAUGUUUGCCCAAAACAAUACAGUUUGGAUCCGAGUGUCCUCUCUGUAAAGCUCAAUAUGGCGACUCAGAUUUAAGGUGUUUGCCUUUGGUUGAAAACAUGGUGACAAUCUAUAGAAGCUUGGAUGCAGCUUUCAGUGCCAGUAUUUUGCAGUCUCGUUCUGAGACUGGUGGGGUUUUGAAGCAGUGUCCGGCUUCGAAGAGUAGUGAUAGUAAGGAUAAUAAAUUAGUGGAAGCUCACUGGGGGGAUAAUUCUAGUAGUGGACAAUCUAAAUUAAUGUGCAAUGAUGUAGCUUGUGCUCUAUCGAAUUGUUUAGUUGGAAAAGGGGUUCGAAAGAAUGUAGCGAUGGGUAAUUGCAAUGUGCCAAUGCAUGUCAAGGAUAAAGAGUAUGGGGUGAUUGGUAGUGUAGGGGUUGCGUCUAAUGAUAAACAGAAUGCCAAUUCUCCACCGGUAGGCUCGCAGGUAAGAGCUAGGGGGCUUCGUGAAUCCAAGGCUUUUCAAAUGGACUUGAAUCAGGCAGAUCAGUUGUCGCCUAGAAGUCCUCCUUCAUUUGGUGAUAAUAAGGAUUCAGAAAACGACAGUAAUGAUCAGGGAGGUGAUGAUAGUCUACAAAAUUAUAAAGCAGAAAACUUGGUUCAACUAAAUUCUGACAACAAAAGAAGACAAGAGAGGCAUAACAAUUCUGCUUCUGAAGCCGAGGAAGGUCAUUUGAGGGAUUCAAAGAGACAUAAGAAGUUGAACUACAGUACAUCGGAUCUGGGUGCAAAUAAUAUUGGUCAUAUCAAACCAAAUGCACCUCCAACUGAAAAUUUGAUAACCAGUUCUCAAUUAGAGAUUCCUGCAAAGUUGAAUAACUCGUUUAAUGCUUGUGGAUUCUGCCACUCCUUCAGAAUCACAGCGGAUACUGGUCCAAUGUUGCAUUUUGCGAAUGGAAAGCCAGUAGAGGGAGUUGAAGCAACUCUAUCCGACACUAUACAUGUGCAUGCUGUGUGUAUUGAAUGGGCACCGCAAGUCUAUUUUGUUGGUGAAACUGUUAAGAAUCUGAAGGCAGAACUGGCCAGGGGUGCAAAGCUUAAGUGCAGCAAAUGUGGGCUGAAGGGAGCAGCUUUAGGCUGCUAUCUAAAAUCAUGCAAGAGAAGUUAUCAUGCUCCCUGUGCAAUGGAAAUUACUAAAUGUCGAUGGGAUUAUGAAAACUUCCUUAUGCUUUGCACUGCUCACUCUUCAGUAAAAUUUCCAAGUGAGAAGUCCAAGGCUAAGAAACACAACCAGAAAACUUCUUCUGUGCUGUCUUCAGUCGCCCCACAACAGUCCAACUUUUGGGUGGGAUCAUGUAAUGGAGCAAAGAAAUGGGUUUUCUGUGGAUCUGCUCUGUCUUCUGAGGAAAAGUGUCUUUUGGUGAAGUUUGGAAGCAUGAUUGGUGUGCCAGUGAACAAAUUCUGGGCAUCAAAUGUCACACAUGUGAUUGCAGCCACAGAUUCAGAUGGGGCAUGCACCAGGACGCUGAAAUAUCUUAUGGCCAUUUUGAAUGGGAAAUGGGUUCUUACAAUAGAUUGGAUAAAGGCUUGCAUGGAAUCUAUGCAUCCUGUGGAUGAAGAAAAUUAUGAAAUUAUUCUUGACUGCCAUGGAAGCCGUGAUGGCCCAAAAAAUGGCAGGCUUAGUGCACUAAAUAAUGCACCGAAACUUUUCAGUGGCUUAAGUUUCUGUUUUGUUGGAGAUUUUGUGGCUGGCUACAAAGAAGGUCUCCAGAGUCUGGUUAUUGCGGCAGGAGGUACACUUUUGAAGAGCGAGGAAGAAUUGGUGGAACAAAGACAUGACCCGUUAUCUCCUUCAACAACACUAAUUGUUUAUAACCUUGAUCCCCCACAAGGGUGCAAAUUAGGAGAGGAAGUUUCAAUUAUUUGGCAGAGAACCAAUGAAGCACAGGAUUUAGCUGCUAAAGUUGGAUCCCAAGUCAUUGGUCACACGUGGCUGUUGGAGUCUAUCUCCUCAUACAAGUUACAGCCUUUUGUAAACUGGGACAGCAUCAGCAAUUCUGAUAGCUAGAUAGUCCAGAUGUAAGGAGGUUCCAACUUGCCUGCCCUAUGUUAAUUUGUUGGCAAACACAAGGCUCUGUAUUUUUGCCUAGGAUAAUGUAACGUGAAUAUAACUACUUGCAAAUUGCAUCAAAUAAUAUGUGACUUGUUUUUCUUUGGUUCA